AUGGAAGGAAUUCCAUAUAGUUCUGUAGUGGGAAGUCUUAUGUAUGUGCAAACUUGCACAAGACCAGACAUUAGCUUUGUAGUAGGAAUGCUUGGAAGGUAUCAAAGUAAUCCUGGAAUGGAUCAUUGGAAAGCUGCAAAGAAGGUUUUAAGAUAUCUUCAAGGUACAAAGAAUUAUAUGCUCAUGUACAAAAGGUCUAGCCAAUUAGAAAUAACUGGUUACUCGGAUUCAGAUUUUGGUGGAUGUGCUGACACAAGAAAGUAUAUAUUUGGCUACUUAUUCUUAUUUGGAGAAGCUGCCAUAUCAUGGAAAAGUUCCAAGCAAAGCGUUGUAGCAACAUCUACUAUGGAGGCAGAAUUUGUAGCAUGUUUUGAAGCUACAAAUCAAACUUUAUGGCUGCGAAAUUUCAUUUCAGGACUUAGCAUUGUUGACUCAAUUGCUAGGCCAUUGAAAAUUUAUUGUGAUAAUUCUGCAGCAGUAUUUUUCUCAAAAAAUGAUAGAUAUUCUAAAGGUGCCAAGCAUAUGGAAAUAAAGUACUUUGGCGUUAAGGAAGAAGUUCGGAAACAAAGAGUGUCUAUAGAACAUGUUAGAACAGAACUAAUGAUUGCUGAUCCAUUGACUAAAGGAUUGAAACCAAAGACAUUUAAGGAACAUGUACAUAGAAUGGGUCUUGGUUCUUCUGAAUGA